CGAAAUUGUUGUACCCAACCGAGAUAUUGAUUUUUUGGCAGAGGAAAAACGCGACCCCAAAAACGCCCCCGCCCCCGCCGCGCGCACGACGUGUAGUAGUAGUAACGAAGCGACGACACACCACACACACGGUCCUUCAAACAUUACGCAGCCCCAAGGUCCGCGGUCCGUUACGUUCUGGAAAAAAAAAUCGAAUCGAAGAAAGCAGCGGGCAGAACGUGCCGAGCAAGCGAAGCGAGUGAAAGUGCCAGCGGAGAAGUAGAACUCGAUUUUAACAAUCGUUCCCGAAACUCUAAUCAGCAUUUGCGCCACAGCUUCCACGAAGGCAUCGCGGGGGAGAAAGGAAGACCAAGCAAAAAAGGUACUAGAAGGCAGCAGCACCACCCGCGCAGCUCAGCAGCAGAAACGGCAGCAGCGGCAGCGGCAGCGCAGCAGGAGGAAAAGCGAGGAGAGGAAAAGUGCACGACGCCCACCGCGUCUUUUGCCCCACUGGAAAGCCAGUGAUUGCAACACCAAUAACACCACAUCCCCCGGCGAGCAGGAAAAACCAGCAUCACCAUGGCUUUCGCCGGACUAAAGAAGCAAAUCAACAAGGCCAACCAGUACAUGACCGAGAAGAUGGGUGGCGCCGAGGGCACCAAGCUGGACAUGGACUUCAUGGAGAUGGAACGCAAGACGGACGUCACCGUGGAGCUGGUUGAGGAGCUGCAGCUGAAGACGAAGGAGUUCCUGCAACCGAAUCCCACGGCGCGGGCUAAGAUGGCCGCCGUGAAGGGCAUCUCGAAGCUGUCCGGGCAGGCAAAGUCUAACACGUACCCGCAGCCGGAGGGGCUGCUCGCGGAAUGCAUGCUGACUUAUGGGAAGAAGCUCGGCGAGGACAACAGCGUGUUCGCGCAGGCGCUCGUCGAAUUCGGCGAGGCGCUGAAACAGAUGGCCGACGUCAAGUAUUCGCUGGACGACAACAUCAAGCAGAACUUUUUGGAGCCACUGCACCAUAUGCAGACCAAAGACCUCAAGGAGGUAAUGCACCAUCGCAAGAAGCUGCAGGGCCGGCGGCUGGACUUUGACUGCAAGCGUCGCCGGCAGGCCAAGGACGAUGAGAUUCGGGGUGCCGAGGACAAGUUUGGUGAGUCGCUCCAGCUGGCGCAGGUUGGCAUGUUCAAUCUGCUCGAGAACGACACAGAGCAUGUGUCCCAGCUGGUCACCUUCGCCGAGGCACUCUACGACUUUCACUCGCAGUGCGCCGACGUACUACGAGGCCUGCAGGAGACGCUGCAGGAGAAGCGCUCCGAGGCGGAGAGCCGGCCACGCAAUGAGUUUGUGCCCAAGACGCUGCUCGAUCUGAACUUGGACGGCGGUGGCGGCGGCCUCAACGAAGAUGGCACGCCGUCUCACAUUAGUUCGAGCGCCUCGCCGUUGCCCUCGCCGAUGCGCUCGCCCGCCAAGUCGAUGGCCGUAACGCCGCAGCGCCAGCAGCAGCCCUGCUGCCAGGCCCUCUACGAUUUCGAGCCGGAGAAUCCCGGUGAGCUGGGCUUCAAGGAGAACGACAUCAUAACCCUGUUGAAUCGCGUCGACGAUAACUGGUACGAGGGUGCGGUGAAUGGCCGUACCGGCUACUUCCCGCAGUCCUACGUCCAGGUCCAGGUCCCGCUGCCCAAUGGCAACUAAAGCGGAGGAUCCUGUCUCCCUGCAACCGCUACUCCCAUCCCAAUUAUCCUCCCAUAUCCUAUCAAAACUGAGCUGAAAACGUACGUAGAGAUCGCGGAAGGGAUUGGAGAACAAUAAUGUUGGUUUCGCCGCCAUCAGAGGCGCAGCAGCGGCGCACAUGCAAGCAAAUAUAUAGUAUAUAUAUACAUAUAUACACAGAUAGUUGAAUUAGAAGAGCGGGUUACUACGGAUUACGGAUUACGAUAUUACGAAAUACGGCUUAGCUAGCACACAGAGCAGCACGUUGCGGCUAAAUAUUCUUGGUGGCCAUACAGCAAGCUAACUAAAUUUUAUGUGCGACAAAUUUUACCAGUUGGCAACACAAUAAUUAACAAAUUAAUUACGAGUUAAAUUAAUGUACUAUACGUAUGUAUAACUAACUAAAUUUACGAGAAAUGUUACGCGCCCCAUAAGCGA